AGUGCUGACCUGGCGGCCGUCGAGACCGCAUCGGCCGGAAUAUGCGGCAGAUAUUGUGACUCUAGUGUAGUGACUUGUGAGCGCAGUGCCCGUGCGUUAACCCCAUCCCUAUAGUGUGACCGGAUUUUAAAUUUGGAACGCCCCGCGGCGUGUAAAAAGAUUAACGAUGUUGAUAAGGUGUCGGACGGCACUCUAUGCUGUCGCGAUUCUGCUGCUCGCUGCCACAUCAUUAAACGCAGAGGGCAACCUCUUCACGUGUCCAAAUGGAUGGGAGCUUAAGGGCCUUCAUUGUUACAAAUUCUUCAAUAUACGACAUUCCUGGGAGAAAGCGGCAGAGCUAUGUCGAAGAUAUGGCAGCGAACUUAUGGUGAUAGAUAGUUACACAGAGAACAAUAUAACAGCCAGUAUGGUCCCAUCUAGUCCUAGCAAUAACCAUUACUGGCUAGGCUUAGCAACAGUCGACGAUCUACGAACGAAUACACUGGAAUCAGCGGCUGGGGGCCUAGUGUCUCAAUACGCUGGAUUUUGGGAUUUAAGACAACCUCAUCCUAAAGACGGAGAAUGUGUAGAUGUGCACGUAACCACUGAGAGGCAGUCAUGGGAACUGACGACUUGUGAAACUCUUCUGCCUUUUAUGUGUAAAGCUAACGCAUGCCCCGAAGGAACAUUCCAUUGCUCGAACGGAAAAUGUAUAAAUGCAGCAUUUAAAUGUGAUAAGCAAGAUGAUUGUGGCGAUGCAUCUGAUGAGAUGGAUUGUUCUUCGGAAUGCCACUUCUAUAUGGCAAGUAGUGGAGAUGUUGUUGAGAGUCCUAAUUACCCUCACAAGUAUCCAGCUUUUAGUGAGUGCAAAUGGACACUCGAAGGCCCCCAAGGUCAAAAUAUCGUCUUGCAGUUCCAAGAUUUUGAAACUGAAAAGUCUUUUGAUACUGUUCAAAUCUUAGUAGGCGGUCGCACCGAAGAUAAAUCUGUUAACCUAGCUACUCUAUCAGGCAAGCAAGAUUUAGCGACUAAACUAUAUGUAUCAGCUUCUAACUUCAUGAUUAUUAAAUUUAGUUCUGACGGUUCGGUGGAAAGAAAGGGUUUUAGAGCGUCUUGGAAAACUGAAUCGUCUAACUGUGGAGGGCUUUUAAGAGCAACACCACAAGGUCAAGUUUUAACCUCACCUGGAUAUCCAAACAAUUACCCUGGAGGUUUAGAGUGUAUGUAUAUUAUUGAAGCGCAGCCGGGCAGAAUAGUCUCAUUAGAAAUAGAAGACUUGGACUUAGAAAUGAACAGAGACUACAUUGUUGUUAAAGAUGGCAAUUUACCAUCUAGCCCAGUUCUUGCUCGUCUCACGGGACCGGCAGACGAAAACGAAAAAGUUGUUAUAUCAACAACAAACCACUUGUACAUGUAUUUCCGCACGAGCCUUGGUGAUUCAAGAAAAGGUUUCAAUAUGAGGUACUCCCAAGGUUGCAGGGUUAAUAUCAUUGCCUCCAACGGUACAUUCACGUCGCCAGCUUAUGGUCUGAGUAACUACCCAAACAACCAAGAAUGUAUGUACAGAAUCAAAAACCCCAACGGAGGUCCGCUUUCACUGAAGUUUGAUGAGUUUGUUAUUCAUCCCUCUGAUGUCGUUCAAGUGUUUGAUGGAUCAAGUACGAGUGGGCUAAGAUUACAUUCGGAUAAUGGAUUUACUGUCAAACCACGAAUAACUUUAACGGCUUCAAGUGGAGAAAUGUUGGUACGAUUUGUAUCGGAUGCACUACAUAACAGUGCUGGCUGGAAGGCUACAUUUUCUGCUGAUUGCCCGCCUUUAAAAUCCGGAAUCGGCGCAUUAGCAUCUAAUAGAGAUACAUCAUUUGGUACCACAAUUACGUUUUCUUGUCCUAUUGGCCAAGAGUUUGCUACGGGAAAAUCACGUAUCACAACUCAAUGUUUAGCUGGCGGCAAUUGGUCUACAACUUAUAUCCCAAGCUGUCAAGAGGUCUACUGUGGUCCUGUUCCGCAAAUAGACAAUGGAUUUUCAAUAGGCUCAACUAACGUAACUUACCGCGGCGUAGCUACAUAUCAAUGCUAUGCAGGAUUCGCUUUCCCAACCGGACAACCCAUCGAAAGAAUUUCCUGUUUAUCGGACGGUCGGUGGGAAAGAACACCAACAUGUUUAGCGUCACAAUGCACGAUUCUACCUGAGGUUCCGCAUGCCAAUGUCACAAUUUUAAACGGCGGUGGACGCAGCUACGGUACAAUUGUGCGGUAUGAAUGUGAACCAGGCUACGUUAGAUCUGGUCAACCAGUUCUCCUUUGCAUGAGCAAUGGUACCUGGUCAGGAGAUGUUCCAACAUGUUCCAAAGCUCUGUGCUCAAAAUUCCCAGAAAUUGCAAACGGACUCAUUGUUGAUCAAAGUAGAAUUUACAUGUUUGGAGAUGAGGCUCGAGUACAAUGUUUCAAAGGCUAUAAACUUAAUGGUCCAAGUGUAUUACGAUGUGGAGCAAAUCAACAAUUCAAUGCUGCCCCAACUUGUGAAGAUAUCAAUGAAUGCCACAGUAGUCAAUGCGACUCGGCUUCUACUGAAUGUAAAAAUACUCAAGGUGGUUUCUAUUGUCCAUGCAAGCCAGGUUUCUCACCCAGCUUAGACUGUAGACCGGUUGGUGAUCUAGGUUUAAUUAAUGGUGCUAUACCAGACGAGUCCAUUACGACCUCUACAGCAGAAGAAGGAUAUUACAAAGGGAUGAUUCGAUUAAACAAUGGAGGUGGCUGGUGCGGUAAUAACCUAGAAGCGGGUGCUAACUGGAUACUCAUUGACUUACGGGCGCCAACAAUUGUCAGAGGCUUCCGUACAAUGAGCGUUAUGAGAGCUGAUGCCAACAUAGCAUUUACGUCUGCAAUUAGAAUACAGUACAGCAAUAAUUUGACCGAUGUUUUCAAAGAUUACACAAAUCCAGACGGAACAGCUGUUGAGUUUAGAAUUUUAGAACCCACUCUCUCAGUUCUGAACUUGCCAAUGCCAAUCGAAGCUCAAUAUGUACGAUUCAGAGUUCAAGAUUAUGUAGGAGCACCUUGUCUUAAAUUGGAAAUUAUGGGAUGCGCUAGACUUGAUUGUUCCGAUAUAAAUGAGUGUAAUGAAAAUAAUGGAGGUUGUGAUCAAAAAUGUAUAAACACACCUGGCAACUUCUCAUGUAACUGUAAUAUUGGAUACGAACUUUACUCUUCCAACGGCACUGCUGGCUUUGCUAUUGAGAAAUCGGAAACUGGAGAAAGGGAUGGCGAUACUUAUCAAAGAAAUAAAUCCUGUGUUCCUGUUAUGUGUCCACCUUUAGCGGCUCCCGAAAACGGACUUUUGUUAUCUACAAAGAGUUCAUAUCACUUUGGCGACAUUGUUGAAUUCCAAUGUGAUUUUGGAUAUGUUAUGUCUGGCUUCUCUUCACUUCUUUGUACUUCCAGUGGUACUUGGAACGGAACUACUCCAGAAUGCCAAUAUGCUCGUUGUGUAACACUGUCAGGUGAUAAGAAUGAUGGACUUGAAGUAAUCAGAAAUGAUCAAGAAAGUGUUUUGGUACCUUACAGAGAUAAUGUAACGAUAACGUGUACUUCUCCUGGUCGUCAGUUGAGAAACACAGUUACCUCGUCAUUUAGACAGUGUGUCUAUGAUCCGAAACCGGGACUUCCCGACUACUGGUUAUCUGGGGCACAGCCUCAAUGUCCUCGUAUAGAUUGUGGCGUACCAAUGCCUACACCUGGUGCUGAAUACGGACAAUACUUAGAUACGCGUUACCAGAGUUCCUUCUUCUUUGGCUGUCAGAAUACCUUCAAACUUGCUGGACAAACCAGCAAACACGACAACGUAGUGAGGUGUCAAGCUAAUGGGGUAUGGGACUUUGGAGACUUAAGGUGCGAGGGACCCGUUUGUGAGGAUCCCGGCAGACCAGCCGAUGGAUUCCAAGUAGCAAAAAGCUAUGAACAAGGAUCAGAAGUUUUGUUUGGAUGCUCAAAACCGGGAUAUAUUUUAAUCAAUCCAAGACCUAUAACGUGUAUACGAGAACCGGAAUGUAAAAUAAUUAAACCCCUCGGCCUGGCCUCGGGAAGGAUCCCGGAUUCAGCCAUUAACGCUACAUCUGAAAGGCCUAAUUAUGAAGCAAAAAAUAUAAGGCUCAACUCCGUUACUGGUUGGUGUGGUAAACAAGAAGCUUUCACCUACGUUAGUGUCGAUUUGGGUAAAGUGUACAGAGUGAAAGCUAUAUUGGUCAAAGGUGUAGUCACUUCAGAUAUCGUGGGCCGACCUACUGAAAUAAGGUUCUUCUACAAACAAGCAGAAAACGAAAACUACGUUGUGUAUUUCCCGAACUUUAAUUUGACUAUGAGAGAUCCUGGAAACUAUGGUGAAUUGGCUAUGAUUACUCUUCCUAAAUACGUGCAAGCUCGUUUCGUCAUUUUGGGUAUAGUGAGCUUCAUGGACAAUGCUUGCUUGAAAUUUGAAUUAAUGGGUUGUGAAGAAGCGGCCGUGGAGCCUUUAUUGGGUUACGAUUACGGUUAUUCACCUUGCGUCGACAACGAGCCUCCAGUGUUCCAAAACUGCCCGCAACAUCCAAUCGUAGUACAAACAGAUGUCAACGGUGGUCUUCUGCCUGUAAACUUUACUGAACCGACUGCCAUAGAUAACACUGGUGCAAUAGCCAGAUUAGAAGUCACUCCUCAACACUUCAAAACACCAAUUCAAGUUUUCCACAAUAUGGUCGUCCGAUACGUCGCUUUUGACUUUGAUGGCAACGUCGCCAUAUGCGAAGUAAAUAUCACUGUACCGGACUAUACACCACCAAAAUUAAGUUGUCCACAAUCUUACGUCAUCGAACUUGUUGACAAACAAGACAGCUACGCAGUUAACUUUAACGAAACCAGAAAACGAAUUAACGCAACCGAUGCCUCUGGAGAAGUUUCCCUAAAGUUUAUUCCAGAUAGGGCUGUUAUACCCAUACGUGGUUAUGAAAACGUCACCGUGGUUGCUACCGAUAAAUACGGAAAUAAAGCGCAGUGCUACUUCCAAGUGUCGGUUCAAGCUACACCAUGUGUUGAUUGGGAGUUAAUGCCACCAGCAAAUGGCGCUCUUAACUGUCUUCCUGGUGAUAGAGGAAUUCAAUGUAUCGCAACGUGCAGUCCGGGCUUUAGGUUUACCGAUGGCGAACCAGUUAAGACAUUCGUUUGCGAAACAAAAAGGCAAUGGACACCUACCGCUGUAGUACCAGAUUGUGUUUCAGAAAAUACUCAACAAGCUGCGUAUCACGUUGUUGCUAGUGUACAGUACAGGGCACUUGGAGCAGUAUCAAAUGCAUGCUUACCACAAUACAAAGACCUUCUAGCUCAAUAUGAUAACAUCCUUAAUGAGAGAUUGUCGCAGCGCUGUUCCGCAGUUAACGUCAAUAUAAACGUAACGUUUAUUAAAGCAAUGCCUAGUCUUCUGGAUGAGAAUGUUGUGAAAAUGGAUUUCGUUUUAGCCAUCAUACCAGCUAUAAGACAAACGCAGCUCUAUGACCUUUGUGGAUCAACACUAAAUCUCAUAUUCGAUUUAUCGGUCCCAUACGCAAGUGCUCUUAUAGAGCCUGUCCUGAAUGUUUCCUCUAUUGGCAACCAAUGUCCUCCACUCCGAGCUAUUAGAAGUUCAAUAUCGAGAGGAUUUACUUGUACUGUUGGAGAGGUACUAAACAUGGAUACGAACGAUGUUCCACGAUGCUUGCACUGUCCAGCUGGUACAUUUGCUGGCGAGAAGCAAAAGAGUUGUACAAUGUGUCCUCGAGGAUUCUUCCAAAAUCAAGCACGACAAGGGUCAUGUCUUAAAUGUCCUCAAGGUACGUUCACCAGGGAAGAAGGCUCGAAAGAUCUAUCAGAUUGUGUACCUGUUUGUGGAUACGGUACAUAUUCACCAACGGGACUUGUACCUUGUUUGGAAUGUCCGAGAAACAGCUACACACCCGAACCUCCUCUAGGAGGUUUUAAAGACUGCCAGGCUUGUCCUGUGAACACAUAUACCUACCAACCGGCUGCACCUGGUAGAGAUAAAUGCAGAGCUAAAUGUGCCCCUGGAACUUAUUCGCCAACUGGUUUAGCACCAUGCUCUCAAUGCCCAAGAAAUUUCUACCAGAAUUUAAUAGGUCAAUCGCUUUGUAUGGAAUGUCCAACAAACAUGAAAACUGUAGGAACUGGUGCAACUGGAUUAGAAGAAUGUAUACCUGUUGAGUGUUCGAAUAGCGCUUGUCAACAUGGUGGUCUGUGUGUACCUAAAGGUCAUGGUGUACAAUGUUACUGUCCAGCCGGAUUUUCGGGACGUAGAUGUGAAAUAGACAUUGAUGAAUGUGCUAGUCAACCUUGCUACAAUGGUGGAACUUGUAUUGACUUACCGCAAGGAUAUCGAUGCUCUUGUCCAACUGGAUAUGGUGGAAUUAAUUGUCAAGAAGAAAGAUCUGACUGCAGAAAUGAUACUUGUCCAGAACGUGCUAUGUGCAAGGACGAACCGGGAUACAAUAACUUUACAUGUCUGUGCCGAUCCGGCUACACCGGUAUUGAUUGUGAUAUCACGAUCGAUCCCUGUUCCGCAAAUGGAAACCCUUGCAAGAAUGGUGCUUCGUGUUCUGCGUUGCAACAAGGCAGAUACAAAUGCGAAUGCCUUCCUGGGUGGGAAGGACAGCUUUGUGAAAUCAACACAGACGAUUGUUCGGAAAAACCCUGCCUUCUAGGAGCUCCAUGUACAGAUUUAGUGAAUGAUUUUAGUUGCUUCUGCCCUCCAGGAUUUACAGGAAAACGCUGUCAUGAAAAGAUCGACUUAUGUUCUAAUGAACCAUGUAAGCACGGAGUCUGCGUCGAUAAACUCUUCAUUCAUAAAUGCGUUUGUGAUCCAGGCUGGACGGGACCUUCCUGUGAUAUUAACAUUAACGAAUGUGUUAUAUCUGCAUGCGAGAACGGCGGUCGGUGUAUUGAUGGAAUAGAUGACUUUACGUGCAGUUGUGAAGCUGGAUAUACUGGAAAACGUUGUCAACAUACAAUCGAUGACUGCGCAUCUGAUCCUUGCCAAAACGGUGCAACUUGUGUGGAUCAAUUAGAUGGAUUCAUAUGCAAAUGCCGACCAGGAUUUAUAGGACUGCAAUGUGAGAGUGAAAUUGAUGAAUGCUUAACUGAGCCAUGCAGCCCGAUUGGAACGGAGAAGUGCGUUGAUCUCGACAAUAAAUACAAGUGCCAAUGUCGUGAAGGAUUCACUGGAGAAAUGUGUGAAAUAAACAUUGAUGACUGUGAGUCAAAUCCAUGCUUUAAUGGCGGAUCAUGCAAAGAUGAUGUCGGAGACUACAAAUGCGUCUGUCCUUCGGGUUGGACCGGAAAACGUUGCGAAAAGGAUAUAGGAACUUGUGUCAACCUUCCUUGUCAAAAUAACGCUAAAUGUAUUGAUUUAUUCCAAGACUUCUUCUGUGUAUGCCCCAGUGGAACUGAUGGAAAGCAAUGUGAGACUGCUCCAGAGCGCUGUAUUGGAAGCCCAUGUAUGCAUGGUGGCAAAUGUCAAGAUUUCGGUUCAGGAUUAAACUGUACAUGCUCUCAAGAUUACACAGGCGUUGGAUGUCAAUAUGAGUAUGACGCUUGUGAGGCUGGGUUAUGUCAGAACGGAGCGACGUGCGUUGAUGAGGGUGAAGGCUAUUCCUGUACGUGCACACCAGGUUUUACAGGGAAAAAUUGUGACGAAGAUAUCAUUGACUGUAAAGAAAAUUCAUGCCCACCUUCGGCGACAUGUAUCGAUUUGCCUGGACGUUUCUACUGUCAGUGUCCAUUUAAUGUAACGGGUGAUGAUUGCAGAAAAACAAUAAGCGUAGACUAUGAUAUGUACUUUAGCGAUCCUUUACGUUCGAGUGCAGCGCAAGUAGUACCAAUAGACACGGGAUCAGCUGAUAGUCUGACUAUAGCUAUGUGGGUACAAUAUACACAGCAAGAUGAAGGUGGAAUUUUCUUCAGCGCUUACGGAGUGAGUAACUCACACAUUGCUCUGAACAGACGAACAAUAAUUCAAAUUCACUCAAGCGGUGUCCAAGUAUCGAUAUUCCCAGAGUUACAAGAUGUAUAUCUCAGUUUUGGUGAAUUCGCAACAGUAAAUGAUGGCCAAUGGCACCAUGUGGCCUUGGUAUGGGAUGGAAAUAAUGGUGGAGAACUAACACUCAUCACAGAAGGAUUAAUCGCUAGUAAAUUUGAAGGAUAUGGUAGCGGACGAAAUUUGCCUCAAUACAUGUGGGUGACUUUAGGAAAACCUCAAUCGGACAAUCCAAAGGCAUACACCGAGUCUGGUUUCCAAGGAUACCUGACUAAAGUACAAAUCUGGAACCGAGCACUUGAUGUAACAAAUGAAGUACAAAAACAAGUCCGUGAUUGCAGAUCGGAACCCGUUCUAUACAGUAACUUGGUUCUGACAUGGGCUGGAUAUGAUGAUAUAGUAGGAGGAGUUGAAAGAAUAGUUCCAUCUCAUUGUGGACAGAGGGUAUGUCCAAACGGUUUUGGUGGGCCAAAAUGUCAACAACUCCAAGUAGACAAAGAACCUCCCAGAGCUGAUCGCUGUCCGGGUGAUUUAUGGGUUAUUGCUAAGAAUGGAUCUACGUUAGUUAAUUGGGAUACGCCCGUGUUCAGUGACAAUAUAGGUGUAGUGAAAGUAGUUGAAAAGUCAGGACAUAAACCAGGAUAUAAUUUGGCAUGGGGAUCCUACGAUAUCGCAUACAUUGCGUACGACGCCGCUGGUAAUGCCGCUACUUGCACAUUCAAAGUAACUGUUUUAUCGGAAUUCUGUCCUCCUCUCCCGGAUCCUUUGGGCGGUUACCAAUCUUGCCGCGAUUGGGGCGCUGGUGGGCAGUUCAAGGUGUGCGACAUAGCGUGUCGUGAAGGACUCAAAUUCUCACAACCCGUGCCACCGUUCUAUACUUGUGGUGCUGAAGGUUUCUGGCGACCCACUAAUGACCCAACACUUCCUCUCGUAUACCCAGCAUGUUCUCCUGCCUCGCCUGCGCAACGUGUCUUCAAGAUUUCGAUGCUUUUCCCAAGUUCGGUACUGUGUAACGACGCAGGACAGGGAGUGCUAAGACAAAAGGUGCGCAGUGCCAUCAACCAACUCAACAGGGACUGGAACUUCUGUUCUUACGCAGUAGAUGGAACACGGGAAUGCAAAGAAUUAGAUAUCAACGUGAAAUGUGACCACCGUGGCAAUGUGCGACAAACUCGACAGAUAUCCACUCAACCGUCAGUCAAAACUGAAGAUACUUACGUUCUCGAUGCCAUCAUCCCGGUUGAAGAGACUCGAAGCAACCGAGAGGGACGGCAAGCUGGAGACACGUAUAGCAUCGAGAUCUCGUUCCCGGCCAUAAACGACCCGGUUAUCCACAACGGUAACAACGAAAGAUCGACGGUUAAAAAACUAUUGGAGAAAUUGAUUCUGGAAGACGAACAGUUUGAUGUUCGAAGCAUAUUACCGAAUACAGUGCCUGAUCCAGCCAGUUUGAAAUUGGAAUCCGACUACGCGUGUCCGAUGGGACAAGUUGUUACGGCUCCCGAUUGUGUCGCGUGCGCCGUGGGAACAUACCUGGACGCGGCAAGUGACACCUGUCAGCCUUGUCCUUCUGGAACCUAUCAAUCAGAAGCAGGGCAGCUGCAAUGUACCUCAUGUCCUUCGAUCGCCGGUCAACCAGGUGUCACCCAAGCAACUGGAGCUAGAAGUGCCGCAGAUUGUAAAGAGAGGUGCGCUGCCGGGAAAUACUACGACGCUGAGGCAGAAUUAUGCAGGCCUUGCGGUCACGGCUCGUACCAGCCUAGAGAGGGUGCUUUUGCGUGUAUCGCUUGUCCCAGGGGGCAAACUACAAGGGCCACGGAGGCUGUGUCCGCAGCUGAAUGUCGGGAUGAUUGUCCUUCAGGCGAACAGCUAAGCAACGAAGGUGGUUGUGAGCCAUGUCCUCGUGGUACCUGGAGAGCAAGCGGCGCAGGUGCGGCCUGUGUCUCCUGUCCUUCUGGCACCACUACUCCACAAGUCGGCGCCGCUUUGCCUGACCAAUGCUCACUGCCUGUCUGUAAACCUGGUACAUUCCUGAACGUGACUCUCAACACCUGCAUUCUCUGCAAGAAGGGUACCUACCAGUCUGAGACCCAACAAACAACCUGUAUCGAUUGUCCAAUCAAUACCAGCACAAAGGAGGCAGGCGCUGUAUCACUAGCAGAAUGCACAAAUCCUUGUGACAUGAAUGGACCGGAAAUGCAUUGUGACCUUAACGCGUAUUGCCUGCUCGUACAGGAAACUAAUGAGUUCCAUUGCCAAUGUAAGCCUGGAUUCAACGGAACUGGAAAAGUUUGUACAGAUGUUUGUAUCGACUUCUGCGACAACGGUGGUGAAUGUGUAAAGGAUGCAAGAGGUGAGCCGUCGUGCAGGUGCGCGGGUUCAUUCACGGGCAGACAUUGCCGGGAGAAGAGCGAGUUCGCAUACAUUGCUAGUGGAGUUGCGGGAGGAGUUAUAUUCAUCAUAUUCUUAGUGCUGCUUGUAUGGAUGAUCUGCGUUAGAUCGUCCAAGAAACGCGAACCAAAGAAAACAUUAACACCAGCUAUUGACCAAAAUGGUUCCCAAGUGAACUUCUACUACGGUGCGCAUACGCCGUACGCGGAAUCAAUCGCUCCAUCUCACCACUCCACAUACGCACAUUACUAUGACGACGAAGAAGAUGGUUGGGAAAUGCCCAAUUUCUACAACGAGACAUAUAUGAAAGAGAGCUUACACAACGGGAUGAAUGGGAAGAUGAAUAGCCUAGCGCGGUCCAACGCCAGCAUCUAUGGGACAAAGGAGGAUCUCUAUGACAGAUUAAAAAGGCACGCAUACCCUGGUAAGAAAGAUAAGAGCGACAGUGACAGUGAGGGUCAGUAAACAGCGACGGACUGCGGUGUAUUCUGGUCAAACUUACAUAAUAAUAGUUGAUUCUCCUCGAACAAUUUUAAUAGAUAUACCACUCCAGUGUUUCCCACACAUACCUCCGCUUUCCUAUUAAAUACACCUUUGGUGCUUUGCAUUUCUAUUUCAUUAUUCUGCGUUAUGACUGUAAAUAAACUUAUAAUGGGCUAUAUCUAUGAAAAUUGUCGAGGCAAUGUAGAAUUUUGUACUCUGCUAGCUUUAUAAUUAGUUUUAAUUUUUAAUAAGCAAUGUGUAUUAACACACUCACUGUUUGACCCCACCAAAUAUUAUUCUAGAGACCGUCACAAAUAUGUGUUUCAAAUUACAAAAACAGUGAAUGUGUUGAUGUUCGAAUUUCGAUCGAAUGCUCAAAUAUUUUAGGCGUAUAAUGCCAUAUCAAUGACGGGGCGGAUGUGACAUUCUAAUGAAGAUUGAUUUUUACAUUGUGUAAAUAUAUUUGUAUAUUUAUAAUGGUCUAAUACCGACCAUUCAUUUGUAGGUUUUGUACAUCGAAUUAUUGUAAUACUAAUUGUAUUUUAAGAAAUUUUAUUUUUGUAAUGUGGACUUAGUGUUUGCAGCGUGUUUGUAUAAAUGGUUGUAUAGUCUUAGUUACAAACAUGAAUACUUUACUGUAGAUUAAUUAUUAUUUUCUGUAUCUUCUACCUAUUGACAACGAUAUAUUUCCCGCCUUCUCUUUGGACAUCAUAUUUAAUACUCAUCAUGUUUUAGUGGUCUGUAUUCCAUCACAUUGUAUCACAAUUACCACGUUAGUAAAUAACAGUUAACAAAAAUAAAAUAAAUAUAUAUUUCAA